CUGGGGGUGCAUGGGCACAGGGACUGCAGGCUAAUGACACGGGAAGAGCUUAAUGGAUUUGGGGGUUCUGGUGCGGUGCAGGAGGCGCAGAGCCCUUGGGGACAGCCUGCAGAGUGGGCACCGUGGGCGAAGCGGGGCAGCCUGUGGGAUACAGGGGAACACACGGACACGGGCACAGCUCAGACCCGCAGCAAGGCGGGUGUGACCCCACCGAGGGGCUCCGCUCUYACCCCCCUCUCCCACCCUGACCUCAGGGAGGCCACCAUGUCCCAGGCCAGCACCUGCCUCAAGCAGCAGGGGGAUGGCAGGGACAGCCCCACACCACUGCCACCAGCACCGGAAUCCCCGCACAUCUUCCCUCCAGAGACGCUGUUCCRACAGGCAGCUGGGGUCACCUACCGCAUCCCGGCUCUGCUCUACGUGCCCCCGGAAGAUUCCUUCCUGGCCUUUGCUGAGAAGCGCUCCUCGGCCCGGGACGAGGAUGCCAAGUACCUGGUGCUGCGCCGGGGCCGCCGGCACGGCUCUGUGGUCAAGUGGGGUCCCGUGGAGGAGCUGUCGGCUUUGACGCUGCCGGGCCGCCGCACCAUGAACCCCUGCCCKCUCUACGACGCCAGGAGCGGCACCGUGUUCCUCUUCUGCAUCUGCGUGGAGCAGUGCAAGACGGAGCGGUGCCAGAUCUGGAGCGGGUGCAGCGCCGCCCGUCUCUGCUUCGCCACCAGCACUGACGGCGGGCGCGGCUGGAGCGCGCUGCGGGACGUGACGGACGAGGCCAUCGGCACCGACCUGUCCCGCUGGGCCACCUUCGCCGUGGGGCCGGGCCACGGGSUGCAGCUGGGCUCGGGCCGGCUGGUGGUGCCGGCCUACACCUACUACGUGCACGGGUUCCUGUGCGGGGCCGUGCGCCUGCCGUGCUGCACCCGCCAGCACUCCCUCGUCUUCUACAGCGACGAUGGCGGGCAACGCUGGCACAAGGGCGCCCUGCUGGCCGGAGAGCCCACGGGCGAGUGCCAGGUGGCCGAAAUCCCUGGCGACCAGCAGCCCCUGCUGUACUGCAGCGCCCGUGCCCCGCGGGGCUGGCGGGCCGUGGCGCUCAGCAGCGAUGGAGGGCAGCGCUUGCAGCGAUCGGCGCGGUGCGAGGCGCUGGCGGAGCCGCCGCGGGGCUGCCAGGGCAGCGUGGUCACCUUCACCCGUGCCGGGAAACCGCCCUGGUUGCUGUACUCGCACCCCACGGACCGGCACCGCCGGCGCGAUYUGGGUGUCUAUGUGAAUCCAUCGCCGCCGGACGGGGCGGGCUGGCGGCGCCCCUGGGUGCUGCACCCCGGACCCUCCGGCUACUCCGACCUGGCCGUGUGCCCCGGCGGCGCCGUCGGCUGCUUGUUCGAGCGCGGUGCCAGCAGYGCCUGCGAGGAAAUCGCCUUCUGCCUCUUUACCCUGGACCUCCCUGGCCAUCAGAACCUCGAGAUUUCCUAAAACAGACCCGUUUCAGGCGAUGCAGUCACUCCUGAGCGUCGGCAGCUGGAUCCAGUGAGCGCCGCAGUGCCGAGACCUCACCAGGACAUUUCAGGGGCACCAGAGCUCUGCAUCGGGUACUUUUUAUUUCAUUAUGGCUUUUUAAUCACCUGUCAGACACUGUCAAUGACCUGCGGCGGUGGAGGAUCUGCUCUGGGUUGGCYRAGGRGGAUGCCAGCACAGCAUCUGAAAURCCACUGCUUCUCCAAAAACCGGCAUUUUUCAUCUGGUAGCAGCAGGAAAGCAGAAGGUGCCACCAGGAGUAGCUGGUCCGCUGAGGAAAAAGUGCCCAAAACUCUUGGCUUAGUUAAAAACAUUCCGAUUYCUGCGUUCCUGCAGGUGGCAGAGGGAAUUCCCUGUUUUUACCAUUUUUUAUCAUGUU